AUUAUUACAUAUAAAGUUUUCUAACAAAUAGAUUAUAAGAUUCUUCAGUCAACUGGUAGACAUGAUAGUUGUCACAGAUGGAAGUCGUAUUCUUGGCCUUGGUGAUCUUGGAGUUCAGGGCAUUGGAAUAGCUAUUGGAAAACUUGAUAUGUAUGUUGCUGCUGCUGGUAUCAACCCACAACGAAUACUCCCAGUUAUGCUAGAUGUUGGUACUAACAAUCAAAAGCUACUUGAAGACCAGCUUUAUUUAGGGGUUAGACAACCUAGGUUGGAAGGUGAAGAAUAUUUAUCGAUUGUUGAUGAAUUCAUGGAAGCAGUUUUCAAACGUUGGUCCAAGGCUAUCAUACAGGUAUAUUUCUUUAAGAAGUAAAAUUUUAUGUGGCAUGUGUUAUACUUGUGUCUAUCAUGUUGUUAAUUUAAUGGUUAUACAUUUCGGUUUGAGGAUUUUCAAAUGAAGUGAGCCUUUGAAACUCUGAAACGGUAUCGGAAAAGGUUUUGCAUGUUCAAUGAUGACAUACAGGCUGUUUCAAAGAUGACAGGAAAUAAUGAAACAGCUGCACGCAAUUUUUUCCUAAUUGAUAAAGAUGUAUCAUUCUCAGCUUUUAAACUUCAGCAAUUUUUUCUUUCUCCUUUGCAUACCCUCCUCUAUGUUCUUUAUGACAUCUAAUUGGUCUGCCCCGUUGAUUAAUGUAAUGCUUGGAAUCUUGGAUGAUCAUACCAAAAAAAACCGAAAAUUACUUUGAAAUAAUGUAAUUGUUUCAUUGGUUUUCUUUUAUUCAUGUAAACUCUACUCUAGCUGUGGGAAUACUCUACAGUUAGCUAUUCACAGAUUUUAAAGCCUCAUUAUUUGUCACUUGUGCAGGGUCUUAUCACGAAAGAAAGGAAGAAUCUUGAU